AACCUUGGAGAUGAACAUGAAGAGCUCCACGCCGACGUCGUGCCCAAGACGGCCGAGAACUUCCGCGCCCUCUGCACCGGCGAGAAGGGUUUCGGCUACAAGGGCUCCAUCUUCCACCGCAUCAUCCCCCAGUUCAUGUGCCAGGGAGGUGACUUCACCAACCACAACGGAACCGGUGGAAAGUCCAUCUACGGCAACAAGUUCGCCGAUGAGAACUUCACCCUGAAGCACACCGGUCCCGGCAUCCUGUCCAUGGCCAACGCCGGGCCCAACACGAACGGAUCCCAGUUCUUCAUCUGCACAGAGAAAACGGCGUGGCUCGAUGGGAAGCACGUGGUGUUCGGCCAGGUGGUGGAGGGCUUGGACGUGGUGAGGAAGAUGGAGGCCACCGGCAGCCAGAGCGGCAAAACCUCGGCCAAGAUCGCCAUCGCCGACUGCGGGCAGCUCUGAGCUCAGCACUUAACCCUUUCUGCUUGCCCUGUAGCCACGCCCCCUGUAGGCUCCGGCCCCGCCCCCACCCGCCAUUCAACAUUCCUAUUGAUGGAUUCAACCGACCCCCGACCCCCCCUUUUUUAUUCUGUUCUUGUUGAAAUCAUGUUGCUGCAUUUGUGACUUUGCCUUUGAAAGUUUCUUUUGCAUUAACGUUUUUUUCCACAAAGUCCCAACGGUUUUUUUGUUAAGUCAAAAAAAGAUGAGAAAAUAAAACAGAAAUGUUGCCUUGACAAUUGAAA